UCCUGUCUUCCUGACCCUGCCAUUUAGGCCAGUACACAACAGGUCGCGGCUCCUCUGGAGUGGGGCUUACAGCAGCUGUGCUGAGAGACUCUGUAACUGGAGAACUGACCUUAGAGGGUGGGGCCCUCGUACUGGCUGACCAGGGUGUGUGCUGCAUCGAUGAGUUUGACAAGAUGGCUGAGGCUGACCGCACAGCCAUCCAUGAGGUCAUGGAGCAACAGACUAUCUCCAUUGCCAAGGCAGGCAUUCUAACCACCCUCAAUGCCCGUUGCUCCAUCCUGGCUGCUGCCAACCCUGCCUAUGGGCGCUACAACCCUCGCCGCAGCCUGGAACAGAACAUACAGCUUCCUGCCGCACUCCUCUCUCGAUUUGACCUUCUCUGGCUAAUCCAGGACCGCCCUGACCGAGACAAUGACCUACGGUUGGCCCAGCAUAUCACCUAUGUACACCAGCACAGUCGGCAGCCUCCCGCCCAGUUUGAACCUUUGGACAUGAAGCUUAUGAGGUAGGAGAGCUGAGUAAGGAAGGACAGGUCUGCUUCACCUUGUGUGGCAGUAUCUUGGGCCUUGUGUGUCUCUUGGAAAGUUUUCAGUCUUACUACCACCCUGCCCAUCCCUUUCUAUGUUAUGGGUCUGAGAACAUUGAAUCUAGUCCCCCCCAGGCUGGCCACA